AUGGCACCGCUUGUGGUGGCUGUGGGAUCGCCCAACUGGGAUACUAUGGCAUACGUCCCAGACUCUUUCCUGUCCACACAGGGGCUGCCUCGAGGGGAUGCCAGACCGUUUUCCGACGGCAAUGACUUUGAGCAAUUGAAGGAGGCUGCACGCACUGUCUCAAGCAGCUCUGCGUCUCAGUGUGGUGGAUGCGCUUGCAACACUGCCAAGGUGCUGGCAUGCCUCGGUUGCGAUACGGCCUUCUGCGGCUGUUUGGGAAGCAAUUCAGUCGGUGAGAGCUUUCGGGCAGCUCUUGCGCAGCACCACGUGAAGGACAUCACCGUUCAGGCAGAUUCUGCGACAGGAGAAGUUCUUUGCCUUGUGACGCCGGAUGGUGAACGAUCAUUUGCAUAUCGAACAGGUGUAGCCUCUGAUUCCUUGCGAUCGGCCCAGCUCUGCGAAGCUUUGGAUCGAGUUGAGGGCGAAGGCCUUGACCUCGUUUACUUCGACAUCUACACCUUUCUGUGCCCUGAGAAUGCUGCCGAGGAAGGCAUCAAGAAGGCUCAUGGUUUGGGAGCAAAAGUUGGCCUAAAUCUUGGCUCAAGUGGAAUUGUAUCUUCUCAGCGGAGUCGUUUGUGGGGCUUGCUGCGGCAAGGGAGCAUCAAUGUUCUUUUCCUCAACGAGGCAGAGGCUGAAGCUUUGGGUGAAGGCACUUUGGACCCCGAGACCAUGUGCCGGCAGUUGGGAGAGCACUGCGAACUCACGGUGCUGACACUUGGAUCUCAGGGACUUUGGACCUGUAUGGCUGGAAGCUGUGAGUUUCAUGCCGUACAUCCCCUGGACGAGGUUGUUGAUAGCACUGGUGCGGGGGACUUCUUCGCUGGUGGUUUUUUGUCUGCCUGGCUGCAGCAAGAGAAGAAGUCCGAAUGCAUUGCGUGGGGCGUGGAAGCCGCUCAGCGGGUGCUGCAGGUGUUUGGCACCGACCUCAAAGAAGGUUGGUUGCAGCUUCGCGAGCUCUGCCGAAAAGCGGCGCUCCAGAGGUGUCAGGUUUUGGACACCAGGGACGGGAAAAGCUUCUUGGAUAUUGAGCUGGAGUUCAAGGAUGGCGUUUUGAGAGCGACGAAGACUGGAGCACUGCCUGAGGCUGUGGCUGUGUCUGCAGAAAUCGAGCGCGUGGAGAUCUUUGGGCUCCAAACGGCCCUCAGCAGCGCCGAAAGCGUGCAGAACGGCAAGGCGAUCGCGCUGCCAAGGCCUCGAUCGCGCUUGCUGGAUGGGGAGGCCAAGUUGCAGGCUGCUGUGGUCAAGGUCAAGCCGUUCAUUGAUAUGCGCAGUGAAUGGCAGCUCUCGGUCAAGUAG